AAAAGGUUCAUCGAAAUACAAAUAUCUUCUCUUCCCAUCUUUUGCUCAUUUCCCAGAAACUUUGCUUCGUGUGCGAUCGCGAGACGAAGAAGAAUUAGGGUUUAUAUCCUCCGUACACCAUUGAUCCUUCAUCUAGAUUCUAUAUUCCUCCUAUUCGAGCUUCUUAAGGGCUUUGAUCUAGUCUUAAAUCGAAGAAGACGAAGUUGGAGGUUUGAAAAAUCAGUUGUAGGUUGUAAUUUGCGAGUAUGAGUUCAUCAUGGGCUGAUGUUUCUGAAGCGGAGAGAGCACCAUCUGGUUGGGGUUACGGGAACUCUCGUCCCUCGCGAACCAACUACGUGCCUCCUCAUCUUAGGGGCCGUGGAGCUUCACCUGGUAGCGAUCGUGGAGGAUAUGGUGGUGGUGGUGGUUAUGGUGGUAGAGGAGGCCAAGGUUAUGGUGGUCGAGGAGGCGGAGGCGGAGGCGGAGGCUAUGUUGGUAGAGGAGGAGGUGGUGGAGGUUGGAAUAACAGGAGUGGAGGUUGGGACCGUAGGGAUACUGAAACUAACCCGUUUGGUAAUGAUGGGAAUGUAGAGCCGGUUGCUGACGAGCAGGAGAACACAGGCAUUAACUUUGAGGCGUAUGAAGAUAUUCCCAUCGAGACAAGUGGGGAUAAUGUGCCGCCUCCUGUUAAUACAUUUGCUGAGAUAGACCUUGGAGAGGCUCUGAAUCUUAAUAUCCAGAGGUGCAAGUACGUGAAGCCGACCCCUGUGCAGCGUAAUGCGAUUCCCAUCUUGGCUGCUGGGAGGGAUUUGAUGGCUUGUGCUCAGACGGGGUCUGGGAAGACAGCUGCCUUUUGUUUUCCUAUUAUUAGUGGGAUUAUGAAGGAGCAGCAGCAUGUGGAGAGACCACGUGGAGUUCGGGGAGUGUAUCCUCUUGCUGUCAUUCUCUCACCAACAAGGGAGUUGGCAUGUCAGAUACAUGAUGAAGCUAGAAAGUUCUCCUAUCAAACUGGUGUGAAAGUUGUGGUUGCUUAUGGAGGAACACCAGUCAACCAACAGAUACGGGAGCUUGAAAGAGGAGUUGAUAUUCUUGUUGCAACUCCUGGGAGAUUAAAUGAUUUGCUUGAGAGAGGUAGAGUCUCACUACAGAUGGUAAAAUACCUAGCACUUGAUGAGGCGGAUAGGAUGCUGGACAUGGGUUUUGAACCGCAAAUCAGGAAGAUCGUUCAGCAGAUGGAUAUGCCUCCUCCUGGUGUCCGGCAGACAAUGCUGUUCAGUGCUACAUUUCCUAGGGAGAUACAGAGACUUGCAUCUGAUUUUCUUUCAAAUUACAUAUUUCUGGCUGUUGGAAGAGUGGGUUCAAGUACGGAUUUAAUAGUCCAAAGAGUAGAAUUUGUUCACGAUUCUGACAAAAGAAGCCAUUUAAUGGACCUUCUUCAUGCUCAGAGGGAGAAUGGUAACCAAGGAAAGCAAGCUUUGACUCUUGUAUUUGUGGAGACAAAGAAGGGAGCUGACUCGUUGGAGAAUUGGUUGUGCAUGAACGGAUUCCCAGCAACGACCAUCCACGGUGAUAGGUCACAACAGGAAAGAGAAGUGGCACUGAGAUCAUUCAAGACUGGGCGGACACCUAUUUUGGUUGCAACUGAUGUGGCAGCACGUGGUCUUGACAUUCCACACGUGGCCCAUGUGGUUAACUUUGAUCUACCAAACGAUAUCGAUGACUAUGUCCACCGUAUCGGACGAACAGGACGUGCAGGCAAUUCAGGACUAGCAACUGCUUUCUUCAAUGAUAACAACACAUCAAUGGCCAAGCCACUAGCUGAGCUAAUGCAGGAAGCAAACCAGGAGGUCCCUGACUGGCUUAGUCGGUAUGCAUCUCGUGCUUCAUUUGGAGGUGGUAAGAACCGACGAUCUGGUGGGCGGUUUGGUGGCCGUGACUUCAGGAGAGAAUCUUUUGGCCAAGGAGGAGGCGGUGGUGGUGGCUACUAUGGUGGUGGUGGAGGAGGAUAUGGUGCCGUUCCCGGUGGUGGAUAUGGAGCAAUGCCUGGUGGAUAUGGAAACGUACCAGGUGGUGGUUAUGGAGCCGUUCCUGGUGGUUAUGUACCAUACGGCAGAGGAGGUGGUGCUUACUACGGUGGAGGAUAUGGAACCGUUCCUAACCAAGGCUACGGCCCUGGAGUGGCUAGUGCUUGGGACUAAGCUGUUUGUUGACUCCAGUUCUUCAAAAAAACACAAUUAGUCCUCUCUCUUAUCUCUAUUGUUUUACUAAUAGAGAGCAUCGUAUGUGUAUGUUCGCUCUCUAAAUGGUUUAUUUAUGUAGACACGAGUGAGUCUUCACUUGUGCAUGUGAAAGAAGCAAAACAAAAACUCCUAGUCGACUAUUAUUUUUCACGAGUU